AUGCCAUGGCUCCCUGCUGAGCUCAUAAACCUAGUGGUCACCCAUGUCGAUGACGGGUACGGUAACAGAGGCACGCUCGCAUCUUGCGCUCUUGCCGCGCAAGUUUUCCGCCACCCAGCCCAACAACAACUUUACCGCCAUCUCUACAUCGACAACUACUGGAGCGGCCCCCGCCGCUCGCCUGCCACAGUUGCCGCCCAUUUCGCUGCAUUUCCGCACUUGGCACGUCUUGUAACUUCUGUGGCAUUAUCACUUGCCUUCGACACGUACUCUCAGACUUUGGAGCGGCGGCUUGACAGCGUCCGCCCGCUGCGUUCAUUGCUAAAGCAGCUUACCAAUGUUUCUGUCGUGUCAGUCUGGUCGGUCGACGCUGUCGUUGACCAACUCCAAUGGAGUUCCUCGGGAAAGGAUUUCACAAACGCAAUUGAGGAGCUCAUCCAAGACCUAGUUUCAAGUAGCACUUUGCGUCAGCUCGAAUUCAGCGACUUCCGGGACAUACCCCACACGUUCAUUAAUCGCAUGCUUACUGCCUGUCCAACUGUAUCGAUUCUGGGUCUUUCUGUUGUCCACAAUGACGAUACGAGUCCACUCGAUCAAGCUGACUUGAUGCCAUCCAUUGCCAUUGAACGCCUCAAAAUUGGAAUUAUCGACAUCAGUAACCCUAUCAUGUUCAAGUUGGUUCUCCCCCAUGUAACAUCCCUGCGCACCCUGGUGCUUACCAUGGCCGGCUUCAGUUGGCAUGCUGAGGUUGCCCAAUCCAAGGUCUACGAACUAUGUCUAGCUGUUAGUAAAACAUUGAAGUAUCUGUCCUUAAAAUUGCCAGCUCCUGAAAAAGACCACGCGAUCACCUCAUUCUCGAUACCGCCUCUCCCACACCUUCAGUAUCUGCAAAUCGGGUUCGAGAACUACCCCAACGGUGACACAGCUAUGUUCGCGCCUCCUCCCCGCUUGCUCACAAUUCUCGCCGACCUGUUGGUCGGUGGCAAUCUGCCUUCACUCAGCGAGCUAUGGCUUCGCCCUGACCUGCCCCUUUCCGGAUGGCAUAAAAUUACCAGCGACACCUUCGCAUUUCCCACCGGAAGCUCGACACCAGCCUCGCUCAAAACUCUGGACGAUCUUCUGAAAGGUUGUUCUGCGGCCGUCUAUUGUGUUCCCCGCUUCUACCCAUCACAUAGCUACGCUCGGAAGAGCAAGCGUGCGAUGGACAGACUUGACGAUAAGGAGCAUGCUUAUGUUUUUUCGGCGUAUGUACAUGCCUUGCGUGCGUCGCUCCCUACUGCGACUGCCUUGGGCCUCAAGAUAAUCGAUUACCAACUGGGCGAAGAGUGGAAGAACUACGAGGUGGAUUUUUUGGACAUAGGGGACCCGUAG